AGCUGUGAAGAAGAUUUUCGUUUCUGAGAUGCCUCUGCUUUCCGAUCUCAUCAACCUCAACCUCUCCGAAUCCACCGAGAAGGUGAUCGCUGAGUACAUAUGGAUCGGUGGAUCUGGCAUGGACCUGAGGAGCAAAGCAAGGACUCUCCCAGGACCAGUUAGUGAUCCUUCAAAGCUGCCCAAGUGGAAUUAUGAUGGUUCUAGCACCGGUCAAGCUCCUGGAGAUGAUAGUGAAGUGAUCCUAUACCCACCAGCAAUUUACAGAGAUCCAUUCAGAGGGGGUAAAAAUAUCUUGGUCAUAUGUGAUGCGUACACUCCUGCUGGAGAACCCAUUCCCACGAACAAGAGACACUCUGCCGCAAAAAUAUUUAGCCAUCCUGAUGUUGUUGCCGAAGAACCUUGGUACGGCAUUGAGCAGGAAUACACCUUGUUGCAGAAAGAUGUAAACUGGCCUCUUGGAUGGCCUAUUGGUGGCUUUCCUGGACCUCAGGGACCAUACUAUUGUGGUGCUGGCGCAGACAAGGCUUUUGGUCGUGACAUUGUAGAUUCACAUUACAAAGCCUGCCUAUAUGCUGGUAUCAGCAUCAGUGGAAUCAAUGGAGAAGUCAUGCCUGGCCAAUGGGAAUUCCAAGUUGGUCCUGCAGUUGGUAUCUCUGCUGGUGACGAAUUGUGGUGUGCUCGUUACAUCUUGGAGAGGAUCUGUGAGAUUGCUGGUGUGGUGGUCUCCUUUGACCCCAAGCCAAUUCCGGUAUAAAAAACUUUCCUAUUUGUGUUUA